UGGCAACUUUGGGUUGGGUUUCUGCAUUAGAAAAAUAACAUACAUCGGAAACAAAACAAAGUCCGAGGCUGAAUGUUUGCAUAAAUACACAUUCAAAUCAUCCGGAGUCCGGCAGCGGAAUCGGAAUAGGAAUUCAGUAGUCACCGGAGUAUUGCGGAGUUCCGUUGGAGCAGCCCAUCCUGCCCCACCAGCCGGAGCAAAGCAACAAAAACAAAGGAGAGAGGAAUUUGCGUUUUAGUGGUUUUUCCGUCGCAACUGACGCCAAUCCUACGCCGUAAAACCAAAAUGGUCGAGCCUAUUUUCGAGUAUCAAUUCCGGUUGAUCCUCAUCGGGGACAGCACCGUGGGAAAGAGUUCGCUCCUGAAAUUCUUCACAGACGGCAAGUUCGCCGAGCUGUCUGACCCCACGGUCGGUGUGGACUUCUUCGCCCGCCUUAUCGAAAUGAAGGACGGCACACAGAUCAAGCUCCAGCUGUGGGAUACUGCCGGACAGGAGCGCUUUAGGUCAAUAACCAAAUCUUACUACCGAAACUCUGUAGGCGUGCUCCUGGUGUACGACAUAUCCAACCACGCUAGCUUCGAGCACAUACCGCUGUGGAUGAUGGAGGCCCAGCGUCACAUCGAGCCCCACCGACCCGUUUUCGCCCUGGUGGGCUGCAAGCUGGACCUCAUCAAUGCGGGCGGGCAUCGGGAAGUGACCACGGAGGAGGCGUCCACGUUUGCCAAACAACACGGCCUGCAUUUCGUAGAGACAUCGGCCCGGAGCGGUGCCAAUGUGGAGGAGGCCUUCCGCAUGGUCACCCAGGAGGUUUAUGCCCGAAUUCGGUCGGGAGAAUACAAGGCCGAGGACGGCUGGGAUGGUAUAAAGUCGGGUUUUGCGCGGCCGAAUAGCCUGGACUUUAAUCUCAUCGUCGCCGAUCCGGAAAAGUCCUCCUGUUGUUGAUUAAUUCUCCUGAUCCCUAAACAUUGUAUCUAUGGUUUAGAUUCGUUUCGUUUUGUUCGUUCGAGUCCAUCUUUGUUGAUUCUUUUAACCUUGUUUACAAAUUAUCGUCUAGUUAAGCAGAAACACCAAAACAAGACACGUAAUAUAUACAAUCGAGUAUAUAUGUAUAUUGUAUGUACAAUUCGUUUUCCGAAUUAAGUUUAGUUUCGCUCUUAAGUUAAGGACUAAUCACGGUGACUCGAUUGAGUUCAUAUAUAUAAAUUGUAACAAUAUUUUCAAAUUAUUUCGAGAGUCACUCCGGGAGGGAAUACGUAGCCGAGUUUACGAACUCCUCACUCAUACCAUACACAACACAUAACAUUAAUAUACGAAGGAAAAACUAUACACCUACUUGAACUUGAAAUAUAAACGUUUUUAUUAAUACAUAAUAAA